AUGCGAAGGCCCAGAAAACCCAUGCAGAAGAGGAAUGCUUUGAUGCAUGAGCUAGAUGACCUAAAGAAGAAGAAAAGGCGCCUUGGAUAUACGCACUUCAUCUCUGCGGGCCCUUCGGCCUCCUCCUAUAUGAUCAUCCUGGGCUACUCCCUGCACUACCUCUUCACCAGCCUCACGCACAUCGGCCAUACCUUGCCGUGGUCGACGUGUGACCCCGCAUGGGCGACGGAACAGUGCCACGUGAUGGGAGUGGCAAACUCAUCCUGCCUUGGCAACAACACUGGGGCGUGCACCUCUUCCGACCAAUCGUCUGCUAUGCAGUACUGGAAACACGAGGUGUUGCAAUUGGACUCGGAAGGCCUCGUGAACUUUGGGGAGAUGGGAGGCCUGAUCCCCUCUCUGGUGUUGUGCCUCUUCGCGGGGUGGGUGAUUACGUGCCUCUGCCUCAUUAAGGGCAUCAAGACUUCGGGCAAAGUCGUCUACUUCACGGCAACCUUUCCUUUCGUCGUGUUGCUUGUCCUCAUGACCGCUGGAGUCUCGCUAAGCGGAGCAUCGAAAGGACUGAUGUUCCUGUUCGUGCCCAAGUGGGAGAAGCUGCUGGAUGUUAACGUUUGGAGGAAGGCGCUGGAGCAAGUGAUCUAUUCGCUCUCUGUAGGUGGAGGCGGAUUAAUCGUUUUCGGCUCCUACAACGAUUUUAACGCCAAAGUGAGAUUUUACCCAUUUGGAAUGUAA